ACGCGAUUCUACUAGUGACGUUAGUUUCCCGCCCUCGCUUCUGCAAUCCAGUGUGAGGGAGAAAGUCAUCAAAAUAGUGGUUUUACACAGUUUUUACUUUAAUACACUUGACGAUCUACUGACUUUUGCCACGGGUUAACGAUGCCUUCCACACACGACUGGAUUAAUGAUCCUCUGGGGGUUGUUGAAGGGAUGUUUGCUGCUUCCCAGAAUAAUCCGAACUCUGAAUGGGAGGUGAAAGCGGUUACAUUUUUUAAGGACCAGCUGAAAGAGAAGGAUGCUCAGAGCAUGGUUCCCUCUCUGAACGAUGUCCCUCUGCAUUACCUGAAGCCCAACAGCCUGGUGAAGUUUCGCUGUUUAAUCCAAGACAUGUUUGAUCCAGAGUUCUUCAUGGGAGUUUAUGAGAUGAUUGAUCCUUCCACAAAGGCAAAAAUGCUGCGUUGUGGGAAAUACAAAGACGUGACAGAAUGUGGGGUGGAUUUUAACUCCAGAAACACAGUGACUGCAGAGAGACAGACAUUCUACUGUGUGCCAAUCCCAGGGGAGAAUCAAUGGGUCAAGGAGGGGUAUGCCAGUGUUAACCAAGCAAGAGUUGUCCCUUCUACCUCGUAUGUGCCGAGCAGACAGAAGCGAAGCUAUGAGGAUGAUGAUGACAUGGACACUCAGCCACAGAAACAGAGGGAACCACAUGCUGGUCCUCAGAGUCCAACAGAACAGCACAGCAGCGGCGACUGUAAGCGGCAGGAGACAGAAGCCCCUUCCAGUCAGGUGACAUCUGCUUCCCACCUGGAUCUCAACUUCCCCCUGCCAGGAGAGAAGGGCCCCUCCUGCUUAGUUAAGGUGUAUGAGAACUGGGAGAGCUUUAAGCUCAACGACAUGCUAGAGGUCUAUGGGAUCCUCUCGGUUAGUCCUGCUCUCAGUGCUCUGGCAGAUGAGAAAGAUGCCUCUUCAUCCCUCCUGGAUCCUACGGAGUGCAUGGAGACUGCAGAGGAGCAGAGGGUGCACAGCCCGCCAGCCUCGCUCGUCCCUCGCCUCCACAUGCUUUACGCCAAGCCGCUGCCACACAACAACCCCCUGCUGCCCUGCGCAACCUUAGAUGACAACAAUACCUUUUUAUCGUCGACUCUGGGUGAGAUGGCCUCUGUCAGGACGGAGCUGCUCUCAUACUUCACUCAUGUCCUUCUGGGCGACGCUCUCGCUGCUGAGUACCUUAUUCUGCAUCUCAUCGCCAACGUGUACAGCAGACGAGACGUCCUCCCUCUGGGCAAGUUUACCUUAAAUCUGAGCGGCUGUCCUGUUGCCACCUCGUACACCGAGCGCCUCUAUCAGAUCAUCCAGCAGCUUGUGCCGUCUUCGCACUACCUGGGCAUGAGCCUGCAGAACAUGAACCAGAUGUGUUUGGUACCUAAGAAGGACUACAUGGCAAACAGGCUAGUGAGCGGAGCCCUGCAGCUGGCCAAAAAUACUUCCCUCUUCCUGGAUGAAACCCAACUGGAGCAGGGACAGCUGGACACGACUGGUGUGCGUAACGUUGCGGCCCUUGGGAACCUGAUCUCAUGGCAGAAGGUUGAUUAUGACUUUAACUACCAUCAGAUGGAAUUCCCCUGCAAUAUUAACGUGCUCAUCGCGUCAGAGGGCCGCUCGCUGCUGCCGUCUGACUGUCAGAUACACCUACAGCCACAAGUCGCUCCAUCCCACAUGGAGGAGUAUCUGAGCAGCAUACAUAUACAUCCGCAUGCCUCAUCACAGCUGAACAAGUUCAGAAUCUACCUGACUGUGGCUCGGCUGCUCGACUACAGUAUCUCUGAUGAAGUGACUAAGUCUGUUGAAGAUGAUUUUGUAGAUAUGAGGAAGGAUGACCCUCAGAGUAUAUCUGCCGAGGACCUCCACAGGAUGCUUGUUGUGGCGAGGCUGCUGUCUCUGAGCCUGGGACAGACCUCUCUGUCCAGAGACAGCUGGCUUCGAGCCAAACACAUCGAGACGCUGAGGAGGAGCCGGAUGGAGCAGCACAGGAGUGUCAAUGGCAACGAGCCCUGAUCGUAGAAGCCAGUGAGGUGGCUUCAGCUUUUCUUUUUGAUACCUUUAAAAAGUUUGUAAUAAAGAGGUUUUUCAUGUGCCAUUUAGUUCAGGUGUUCAACUUUGUUUAAAAAGAUAAAUAAAAACUAAGGUUUAGAUACAUUUUCUAUUUUAUAACCUUAAAGUAUAAAUUGGUCGUUGUUUUGCCUUGAAUUUGCUGCCCGCUGUGCAGUCCAUGCUAACAGUAUAAAUACUGUUGCAAACCAAAGUUCCUGUUUACAAAAAAAUUGUAUAACUUCAAAAAUAUGUAAAUAUAAAAUGGUGCAUCUUUUUUUCUUUUUGCUUGUUGCCACUGUGCACUGUGAUAUGCUGGCAUCGAAAGUACUGAAUAAACCUAGUGCCGCUCUAAUGGC